AUGCUCGCCUCAUACUUCCUCCUCCCAGCACUGGCCUUGGCCUCUCCAGCCGCAGAGCUCUACAAGCGCUCCGGUGCCUCCAUUACCCAAGCCAUUGGCUACAUCAACAACAACAUCACCACUGUCAACAACACUCUCAACACCUUCAACAAGCCAAAGGACGCUAUCACCGCCCUGACGCUUCAGAUCGAGACUGAGAGCUUGAUCAAGUCCGUCAACAACGCUGCGUCUGUCUGCAAAGAUUCUGCACCCCUCUCCGACUCCGAGUCCUUCGACGUCGCAACCGCCGUCCUGAACUUGCAGCCAAACAUCAACUCGCUCCUCGACAACCUCGUCGCACACAAGCCACAGUUCAUGACCGCGCUGUUUGGCUUCUCCGCUGAUCCAAUUGUCAAGGUGGACCUCGUGAACGCCAAGAAGGGUGCUGAUGACUUUGGUACUGCUCUUACGCCGAAGCUCACUGCUACCUACCAGGGUGCUGCUCCGGUUAUUAUUCAGCAGAUUGAUGAUAAGUUUGAUCAGGCUAUUGCUGCGUUCUCGUCUUAG